UCCCCAUUAUUUCAGAUAAUUUUGACGUGCUUUUUUUAUUUUUAUCUUCUUCCAAAAUAUUGAAAUGCAAAUUCCUUUCCACUAGGUGUCAUAUGAUUUUGCGAAAUCAUAUGGUACAAAUAUAAAUAUCCAGGGAAAAUUUGAUGAAUUUUUCAAUAGAAUCCUCGAGGCCCGAAAGCCAAAUUUGUCAGCUGCAGAUGAGAGUAUUCUUCGAAUGUUAGAGGAUAACAUAACAUCUGACUCGAAGCAUACCAUCUCACUUUAUCUGAUACCUUCAUUGGUGCCUCCUAGAGGCCGAACAAAAGUUUCUGGUAAUAAGCAAUGGAAACCGUCAAUAACCGAAUCUAGGGAUGGAAUUUUUUUGCAUGUCAAAGUCCCAGGAGAUAUAGAAAGAGCUAACAAAGAAUUUAUGUACCAACGAGGUUUGACAGUACAACCUUAUUUAAUUAUUGUAGGCCAGAGCUUAAGCAAUGUAACAUCUGCUUAUGUUGUUAUAAAUAACAAUCUUUAUAACACAGUGUCAGUUCUUGAUGCUGUAGAUUUCUGUUUUAAAGCUUACCACAUGUUGGACGCAAAAUAUUCCUAUGAAUCACAUCAUAUUUGGUAUUUGAUCCAAUGGAGUUUAUAUAGUUUAUACACGAAAAGUGAUAUAAAAAUACCGUUUAUACAAGAUUGUUUAAUCUAAGUGAGAUUUGUAUAUUAUUCAGCAAAUUUGUAUAGGUGUUCUAUCA